AUGGCUGAAAUUGAUGGAUGCACAAGGGAAGUAUACUCAGGCUUGGUCCAGGUAACUUUCGACUGUCUUGAACCACCAAAGGAAAUUAAAGUGGGUUUCCUUAUAGUGCCAGUAAGAAAGUACUACAUGGCACCUAUGAGAUGCAGUAUGUGCCAAAGACUCGGACACAAAUACCAACACUGCAAAAUCACCACUCCAAUUUGCGGACAAUGCAAUAAAGAAAAAACAGAAACAACCGAGGAACAUAUACUGAUCUGCAGCCCAAUAAAAUGUGCAAACUGCGCCAACUCACCUUAUGAUGACAACCACCCAGCCAAUGCACGAGACUGUCCCUCCUACUUACGGGAGAAGGAGGCUAUAAAAAUAGCCACCGGCUGUAGAAUACCAAAAAGAGAAGCCUACAAAAAAAUCCCGAAACACAUACCAAACAAAACUAACAACAAUCCAACAACACAAACGAUGAUAACAAAAGAUACAGACACAUCAAGUAACAAAAAUAACAACAUCACAAAAAACAAGACUGCCCCAAAACACUCGAGUUUGGGCAUCAUGAACAACCAGCCUACCCAACCAACCAACAAAAACAUACAACCAACAACCUCAAUCCAAACAACAUUAUCUACCACACAUUUAAUUAAACCAAAAACCAAUUCUCAACCAGAACACACCAAUCAGCAACCAACAUCCGAUAUCAUCGAAAUACUAAACAAACACGACUACACAACAAACACAGCAAAAUCAUCUGAUAUCUCAGAAGCACCAACAUGCACAGAAGAAAAGCAAACAAAAAAAUAUGCCACAAGAUCAGGCCUGAAAAACCUGGAAACCAGUGCCUUCGCCAAAAAAUAG